AUGGAUGAAAUAAAAUACCCGGUACUUACAGAAAAAACAAUUCGGUUAUUAGAAAAAAACCAAUAUACUUUUGAUGUUAAUAAAAAAUCAACUAAACCACAAAUAAAAAAAUGGAUUGAAAAUUUUUUUAAUGUUAAAGUAAAAGCAAUAAAUAGCCAUAUACCACCUGAAAAAAAAAAAAGAAUAGGUCCAAUUAUAGGACAUUCAGUACGCUAUAAACGAAUGAUUAUUACACUUAAAACUGGUUAUUCUAUUCCACUCUUUUCAAACAAAUAA